CUAUCAUUUCACUAAAGGUUUAGUCUGUCGUGGUCGGUCGUGUGCUUCGAUUGGACGUGCGAGUUAAAUACCGUUUCUAUCGGCAGUGUUUUCGUAAUAUAUUUGUUACUUUUUUGUGUUGUAUGGCGCUGUGAUAACUAAUCGUAUGGUGGAUGUGCUUUAUAGUGCUUGUGAAUUAGAAAGUGCUGCUUUAUGCAAAGUGGAUAUUAUUUACAUCUAAGGAUCUAGGAUACAUUUCAAAUUCUCCAUAGUCAAGUGAAUGAUACUAAUUUCUCCUUUACUGGUGUACUGGUUAUAUUUAAUACUGAUUGAGCUUCUGCGCUUAUGAACCUCAAACGCCAAACGGAUCAAACUCCAGUCACCAAAAGCACAACCUGACAAGUUCGGAUAGUUGACGUUUCUCAGUUAGAAUUUGUUUAUUUCGCGACUUUACUUCUAUCAUUAUGAAACCAUAUUUGAUACUCGCGGAGAAUCGGUUCUCAGUGUUUUCCUUUUUGGCAUUGGCCACGAUUUUAACCAUUAGUUCGGUGCCGUUAGUUUUUGCGACUUUUAGACAAAAUCCAGUGUAUUCAAACGAAUUUGCUGUUAAUGUUCCUGAAGGCGAGGCCACUGCGGAUCUUCUAGCUGCCAAACAUGGAUUUGUAAAUAAAGGACAGAUAGGAAGUCUAAAAGGAUUCUACCUCUUUGAGCAUCAAAACAUUCGCAAACGAUCCAUUGUGGCCAACAGUGAUGUGCACAAGACCCUCAGCGAAGAACCACAGGUGCAUUGGGUGCAACAACAGCACGAAAAGAAGCGCAAGAAAAGAGAUUACGUAUCAAACCCAUCAGCUGCUCCACUUCGCGAGCUGUUCACCCGAGUAGCCCCAGGUGCCGAGUCCCAUGGUCAACCUCAUUAUCGGGAUGCUGCUAGUGGGGUUUUUCCAGACCCACUUUUCAGAGAGCAGUGGUACUUGAAUGGAGGCGCCAAGGAUGGCCUGGAUAUGAACGUCGCGCCCGCCUGGCGAAAGGGCUACACUGGAAAGGGAGUCGUCGUCUCCAUACUCGACGACGGUAUCCAAACAAACCAUCCAGAUUUAGCGCAAAACUAUGAUCCGAUGGCCAGUACGGAUAUUAAUGGAAACGACGACGAUCCAAUGCCCCAAGAUAACGGAGACAAUAAACAUGGCACGAGAUGUGCUGGAGAAGUUGCUGGAGUGGCUUAUAAUAGCUUCUGUGGAAUUGGAGUAGCUUAUAACGCCAGCAUAGGAGGUGUUCGUAUGUUGGAUGGAGUAGUCAACGAUGCAGUAGAAGCUAAAGCUUUAGGGUUGAAUCCGGAGCACAUCGACAUUUAUAGUGCGUCUUGGGGGCCCGAAGAUGAUGGAAAGACAGUUGAUGGACCGGGACCACUUGCCAGACGAGCAUUUAUUUACGGAGUGACCAGCGGGCGGAAAGGAAAAGGUUCCAUUUUUGUAUGGGCAUCUGGCAAUGGAGGAAGGCACAUUGAUUCGUGCAACUGCGACGGAUAUACAAAUAGCAUAUUCACUUUGAGUAUAUCAAGUGCGACUCAAGGAGGAUUCAAGCCUUGGUACCUUGAAGAAUGUUCCUCAACUCUGGCCACCACAUACAGUUCAGGCACGCCAGGUCACGACAAAAGCGUUGCUACAGUCGAUAUGGAUGCCAGGUUACGUCCUGACCACAUUUGCACCGUAGAACAUACUGGAACAUCAGCUUCAGCACCUUUAGCAGCAGGUAUAUGCGCUUUAGCUCUUGAGGCUAACCCUACUCUUACUUGGCGAGAUAUGCAGUACUUGGUGGUUCUCACUUCGAGAUCUACACCGUUGGAAAAAGAGAACGGCUGGAUAACGAAUGGAGUGAAGAGGAAAAUAUCUCACAAGUUUGGAUAUGGGUUAAUGGACGCUGCAGCUAUGGUAAAUCUAGCAGAACUAUGGACAACUGUACCUCCUCAACAUAUAUGUAAGAGCCAAGAGCUUCUGGAGGACAAAGAAAUUCCUUUCGAUUAUCGCGCUAGUCUAGACUUUUAUAUGGAUGUCAAUGCUUGCGCUAAUACCCUUAAUGAAGUGCGUUUUCUGGAACACGUGCAGUGCAAAAUAUCUUUAAGAUUCUUCCCGAGAGGAAACCUUCGGAUUAUUCUUACAUCCCCAAUGGGUACCAGUUCUACAAUACUGUUCGAAAGACCACGAGAUGUGAUAAGCUCGAACUUUGACGAUUGGCCAUUCCUUUCUGUGCACUUCUGGGGCGAAAAAGCCGAAGGAAGAUGGCACUUACAAAUCAUCAAUGCUGGAGUGAGACACGUUUCGCAAAUUGGGGUCCUGAAAAAAUGGCAACUGAUAUUCUAUGGGACUAACGUCAAUCCUGUUCGCUUACGCUCGGCCAAUGGCAUUCGAUCAUCUCCUUGGAAAUCCCCCUCAAACACUUUCACAUUUCCAACUCAGCCCCAGCCAGUGACGCCAGUAACCGAUAACUUUUUUGAUCCAUCGGAGGUAUUCAACAGUUUCCCACACAUUUAUUCGUUCGCUGGGUCAGACCCAGAACCAGCGUUCAGUUCUUUAGACGAGAAAAACACCAAGGUGAGAGAAAAUAAUCAAAACGAUUUGAAUUUUGAUGAGGAAACCAAAAUUGGAUGUGAUGAUCAAUGUGACGAUCAGGGCUGUUUUGGAAAGGGGCCUACGAAGUGUAUAGCUUGCCGAUAUAAACGCAUGGAUAGGAAUUGUGUGAGCACAUGUCCGCCUAGAAGCUACAGUGAACAAGGAGAAUGCAAACCAUGCCAUGAAGCAUGUGAGACCUGCACAGGUCCGGAUCAAAAGAGUUGCUUAGCGUGUGCGCCUGGUCAUGUUCGGGUGGUGGAUUUAGAUAUUUGCCUUCAGCAAUGUCCUGAGGGGUACUUCGAACAUUUUGCUGACCGAACGUGCAUUCCAUGUCAGCCGAAUUGCGCUGGUUGCCAAGACCGUCCAGAUCACUGCACUAGUUGUGAUCAUCAUCUUUUGCUCUAUCAAAACAAAUGCUUAGCCUCCUGCCCUACGAACACGUUUGAGACUGAUGACUAUAGAUGUGCUCCAUGCCACGAAUCUUGUGAAACAUGUACCGGUUCCAAUAGCUCGCAAUGUAUCCGAUGUCCAUCGGGCAGAUUUUGGUAUGAAGGCCGCUGUAUCGGGGAGUGUCCAGCUCAUCACUUUGCCGACUACAAUCAACGGGAGUGUAUAGAAUGCCCACCAGGUUGUAGUGAAUGCAACGCCUCAACUUGCAUCUCCUGCUUGGACGAUUGGAAAGUUAACAUUAAAGGCAGAUGUCAAACACAGACUAGUGAUAAAUGUGAUGUGGAUCAAUAUUAUGACAACGGCAUGUGCAAGCAAUGCCACUCGACUUGCGAUUCUUGCGACGGUCCAACAGAACGAGCAUGUUUGUCUUGUGCAAGCCCCCUCAUUUUACAAGGCACCAAGUGUGUUGGAAGAUGUGAUGAUGCCUACUAUCACGAAAAAGAUGGCCAAAUUUGCGAACCAUGCUUGCAUACAUGUGCUAAAUGUGUAGCAAAAAUGAACUGCACGGAGUGCGUUAGUGAACUACAGUUGCAAAACGGAGAAUGCCAUACAACCUGUGCUACGGGCUACUACAGCGAUAUGGGACUGUGUUUGAGAUGCUAUAUGAGCUGUAAAACAUGCAGUGGACCUGGACCUAACCAAUGCGUGGAAUGUCCUGAUUCGUGGCUGCUCUUAAAUGGGGAAUGCAGACCGGAUUGUCCAGUUAAUUUCUUUAAAUCGGUAUAUGGUUGUCAAAAGUGCCACUAUUCAUGCGUUAAUUGUCCAGAAUGCAAAUUGCAAGAAGAUAAAAGGAAGAUCAAUGUGGAAGCUCUACUGCUCUCAGCUCAGCCCGUUUCAAGUCUUCAAUUUGUCAAUCCAUUUAACUUCAUCACUGGAUUGGCUAUAAUAGCUUGCCUAUGUAUAAUAAUUCUCUUUAUAGUUAUCUUCCUAGUUUUGCAGAGAACUACUGCCCAAGCCAAUCAACGAGGGUACAGCAGAGUGUCGAUAAAAAAACCAAAAGUAACUUGCAAUUAUAACGUUGUGUCAGUCAGCGACGGUGAAAGCAGCGACUCAGAUAGUUCAGAAGGGCAUAAAUUGAUGAAACCGAAAACCGAGCGAACGGCCUGCUAGACUACCCACCUGCAAACAAUUCCUAGAGUGUAAAUAACUUUGUAAAACCCCACACUGCACUGGAACUCCUUUUGAGUAUGCCAGUGUUGUUUUUGUACCUAUGUAUUAAAUCACAAAAAAAAAUAUUAUAUCAAGAGGUGGACAUUUUAAGCAGUUUAUAUUUUUAACACUUAAAACAGUUCAUAACUAGCUAUCCCAGUUCAUCUAAAGUUUGAAUCGUCAAAUACAAGUUCAAAAUUUUAUUCGGCUCGUUUCAGCUAUAUGCAUGAACGUCCAAUGUUGAAAAUAGCAAUUAUGAAAUUGUUACCAAAUUAAGAAUGUUAAAGAGAGCAUUUGUGCUUAACGAACUCCGAACUCACUUCAGAUUUUAAAUUUUCCAUUUCUUUGCAAACCUGCUUAAGUUAACCAAACGCUCUUUAGUAACAUUAUUACUUUGCGAGCAGUUCAUUUCAGUAGAAAUCCACUUAAAAACAGUCUUUAUUCGGGAACCUACGACGUUAAUUAGACCUAGGUCAUGAAAUGGUCUAAGUUUGUAAAAUGCGGCUAGAUAAUAUGGACAUUUCAUUAAUUGAGGCAUUUUAUUUAACCAAUAAAUCGGCAAAUACUGUCUAUAAACUUAUAGAUAUUUAAAAUUCCUGUUUUGCUUAUUUUACUUUUCAAAAGUUAUUUAAUUCCCUUUCUUUAAAUCUGUCUAUAAUAUCUUCAAAGUCGUUUUUCAUUGACUUAACUCGAGGAAUUGAUAUUUAACUGUAGAUGACUGCAAUGUUAAGCAAACUAUCUAGCCGUAAAUAAAAAUGAAACAAAAAAAUCGUUGAGUUAGUCUUAAAACGGCAAAUGAGAAAGAAGUACUGCAUCCUUUAAAAUGUAGGGAUGGCCUGACUUGUGUGUAUAAUACGUAAUUAAACCAUCGUUUUUUUAACACAGACCGCACAAAGCAUAGGUUCAAUCAUACGGAACAGACUAUAAUAGAGUGCUAUAUAUAAAGAUGAGUACUCAUUUUUCGCAUAAAGCCAGGCAGCUCUUACAUACCACGUAUCCAACUAAAUUGAUUAUUCAAAUUAAACAAGGCCUAUUGAAUGCCUGCCGAUAACCCGAUCGUGCGGCUUAAAUUUAGUUAAUUAAUAAUAAAACAUAUUUUUAUGGCAUUUCAUAUUAUUCUGAAACACUGAAUUCUUGUCAUUUUCCAGUCCGUUUCAACACUUUAUUUAAAUUAUGUAUUCGGACACUGCCUGCUUAUACUUUCAAACACAUAUAAUCGAAAAGGAAAAAAGUUUAGAAGGAGGAUAUGGUUAAUCAAAAGUCUACUCAAAGUUGUUUUUUACUUCACCCAUACUUACAACCUGUUUUAUUUAAUUUGUUCAACUUUUGUUUGUUAUAAGAUUUUUCACAACAUACUUUUUGAUGUGAUGUAUGAAUCCAGAAAUUUUGUAAUUAAUCGUGAAACCGUAAGAAACAUGGGAACUAUAGAUAGAUAUUAUAUAUUUCUAUAGAUAUGAAAAAUACAUUUUAGUGUGCUCAUAUAAAGUAACUUAAUUAAAUAAAAAAUCCAAAAAAUAUGUUUAUAAAUUCAAAAGCUAACACUAAAGGGCAAAUAAAAUAAAACAUGUAGUUAAUUAAGAUUGCAAGAAAAUUAAAUUAGUGUAUGUAAAAAUUCCAAAUUGGCCUAAAACUGCAUAAAAUGUCCAUAAUGCUUUAGCUGAUUUUGUGAUAUUAAUUCAAAUAUGUUACCAUACCGUUUUUAUAUAAACCAUAUAAAUGGAUGUUGGAUGUUCCGUAUUAAAAACAAACUUAAUUAUAUAGAUAACCACCACAUGUAAGAUUCAGGAAAUUAACAAACUAUGAAAAAGCUAUAUAAAUUACACUUAAACCAGAUAUUAGUUAAGAAUAGACAUUUAUACAAUGUAAAUAUAAAUAUCAAGUCACUAAAUAAAAAAAUAUAUACGUUGAACCAAAAAAAUCUGUAACAUAAUGUUUAUAUUAUAUAACCAGGUAUAUUUGGUCUAUGCAGGGUCCUUAGUUAUUUUUUUAACAUCGUAAAGUAAUGACACAGAAAGUAGUUAAGUCUGAAAUGUGGAAAUGUCUGAGAUUAGCAUUCCCGAAUCCAUUAGCGCAAGAUCCAUAACUAAUUCAACAGUAAGUAAAUAGAGACGCAUUUCAAGUUAUGUGAUUUACUGUUUUACAGCUAUCGUUUGCCAACAAUAAGAGUCAGAGUUCGGGCCCUCGCACAUUGGAAAGCUAUCAAAUAUUAAGUUCAGAAAUUUAAGAAGAACGUAUAAACAAUAAGUACGUGUGAACAGUAACUGACUGAUCAUAAGCUGUAUGAUACAGAAUAACAUGUAUGUAUAACAGUGUUACUCAAUGCAAGAUAGUUGCCAGAUCAUGAUUUCUUAAUACAUUCCAUAACACUUUUAAAUAUUAUUUUCGAUUAAAAAAAUUUCUAAUGUCUUGUCUAAUACCUCAAUUAACAAAUGUUAAAUAUUUCUAAAAUUAUAAAGCUGUUGAUGAAUGAUCUCGCAGAUAUUGUGUACAGAUACGGUGGCUGAACAAAAACUUAAUUCAACUGAAAGCUGGCACAACAUACAAGCAUUUCACAGUUGAUAGACGAAGAAUCGAUUAGUCCAACUACACAUAAAUUCAAAAAUCGCAUAGAGAUGAACUGAUAAAAGUUAAUGCAAUCUAAAGUUUAUAAAUAACUAUAUUAUUUUAACAGGAAAAAUAUAAUUAUAAUUGCAUUAAUAAAUUGUUCAAUAAAAUAUAUAGGUAUAUCUAGAAGAUCAAUUGACACCAGGGUCUGGAGUAAUCGAUAAACACCCCGACCUCAAGCCUCGAAAAACUAUUAUAUUUCAAUAAUAAAAAUUAAAGGUAGGGGACAUUUUUAUUCAGGUAGUAAUGAGGAUCGUCUGCUCUAAUAAACGUGUACAUUGAAUAUUACAUUUCAGAAUUUUUUUUCAUGAUAAACUAACUAAAUCACAUAACUUCCUAAAUAGGCAAAUUAAUAGCAACCAAAAAAAACGCGCUUAAUCCUUUAAUGGGAUAAAAAUUAAAUGUGUAUAUGAAAUUUUUGAUUCAAAUGUAAAAUUACCCUAUCACUGCAUAUGACACGUAUGUGUGAAUCAUACAUAUGAUACGAAUAAUUUAAAUAUGCAAAACUAAAGUGCUCUUGUUAUUUUGUGUCAUAAAUAUAACAAUUAUUUUUAAAUGUACACAUUGUAUAUACAUAAUUGCAUAAGACGUAGUCUAUUUCAACUAUUGUGUAAAAUUUUAGGGAAUUGAGGAUGUUAUCUCACAGUUAUUUUUGAUCGUUUUAUUUUUUAGAAAUUUAUUAAAUUUUCUAGGGUGCGAUUUGUAAACAUAGCAUGCGUUUUGUAUAAAAUUUUGACAACACGGUUUUGUAUUACGAGGUUUGCAAUAUGUUUAAAAUACUGAUAGCACGUAUUUUACAACGUAGAUGUUUCCCUGCUUAAAAUGCAAAUGAUUACAAUAUAAAGCACCGUAGAAAUAUUCAGUUUACAAAAUGUCGAAGGUUUUAUUAAUUCAACCUAUAUUUUUAUAAAAUUGAUAUUUGUGUUAACAUUUUGAGUUUAGUAAAUACAAAUUGAUAAAUAAAUGUGUCUUUAAUAUUAAAUGGCUUUUUGAUUA